AUGGUCCAGGCAGCUGAGGUUCCAGGGUGUUGGGUGCUUGGCGCCAAAUACGCGCUGACUGAUGGAGAGAAGGUUCCGGGGGACUCCCUGAACGAGCAGAACUCCAGCGACACUUUCUGGGCCGCUCUGCUGCUGUUUGAGUUUUCUGGGGGCAACCGGGGAGGGCAAAGUUUGGCUCUCCCGAUUGAUCAGCUUCUCGUUAGCACUGAUGCUGUGGCCAGGCAGACCCCCGGAGGAGGGCCUGCUCCUCUCAGAGCCAGUGUUGGGGGCCAUGAGGUGCCCCCUAGACCCGCAGGCCUUCCAUCGGGCUUUGCGGGAGAUGAGUUUGGUCCCCACCUGUCCUGGCUACUUUUUUCCUACUUGCUUAAGAAACAUGAUUCUAAGAAGGGGUCCCUAGGGGUCCCCAGACUGACCCCUGAGACCCUGACUGGCAUGGAGUUGCUGGUGUGGCCCAGACCCUUUACUUCCCAGGUGACCGAGCUCAACGAGCCGCUCUCCAACGAGGACCGCAAUCUCCUGUCCGUCGCCUACAAGAACGUGGUCGGGGCUAGGAGGUCUUCCUGGCGAGUCAUCAGCAGCAUCGAGCAGAAGACCAUGGCGGACGGGAACGAGAAGAAGCUGGAGAAGGUGAAGGCCUACCGGGAGAAAAUCGAGAAGGAGCUGGAGACCGUCUGCAAUGAUGUGCUGGCGCUGCUCGACAAGUUCCUCAUUAAGAACUGCAACGACUUCCAGUACGAGAGCAAAGUGUUCUACCUGAAGAUGAAGGGCGACUACUACCGCUACCUGGCCGAGGUGGCCGCCGGCGAGAAGAAGAGCAGCGUGGUGGAGUCCUCCGAGGCCGCCUACAAGGAGGCCUUCGAGAUCAGCAAGGAGCACAUGCAGCCCACCCACCCCAUCCGGCUGGGGCUGGCGCUCAACUUCUCCGUCUUCUACUACGAGAUCCAGAACGCUCCUGAGCAGGCCUGCCUCCUGGCCAAGCAAGCCUUCGACGACGCCAUCGCCGAGCUGGACACGCUGAACGAGGAUUCCUAUAAAGACUCCACUCUGAUCAUGCAGCUGCUGCGAGACAACCUCACUCUCUGGACGAGCGACCAACAGGACGAGGAAGCUGGCGGAGAAGGCAACAACUGAGAGAGCAGCCCUCGGAAUUCCCCGGCCCGCCGUCCCCCCGCCCCGUCCCCAAACCCGAGCCGUCCCCGUCAUCGUCCUCAUCGACACGUCCCCCGCCACGGUCCCUCGAUAUCUAGUGCUAAACAUACCUGUAUUGUCCGCACAGCGACUCCAAGCUGCCCUCCCACGUGCAGGAAGCGGCCUCAGACACCACGUCUCCAUGGGCAUUGCUGGAUGGAUGGAUGGAUGGAUGGAUGCUCCCUUCGUGAAUUUUGCAGGCAGGAGAGGAGGUGCCUGAAAGGGUGCAGCGAAAGGAAGGAAGGAAGAAGGAAAGAGAAGGGAGGGAGGAAGGGAGGGAGGGAGGAAAGAAAGAGAGAUUGGAAGAGAAUUAGUCCUCAGUGAUCUUUGCAAUUUUACCCAUUUCCGAUGAGCUAAUAGUGUUUUGUUGAGCAGUCUGUCAUCUGCAUGCAGAAUACGUUGUUGACCCCUCCCGCCACUGUCUCUCCGCGAACGGGAAACAGGGACAGGAAGCUGAGGCGCCCCGAUCCUCGCCAUCAGCUUACAGUGAACUGUCUCAAACGUGAGGUUUCAGUAAUGCCUUGUUUUUGCCUCUUUAAAUUAUGUGCACAAACCUUGUUUUCAAUGCAAUGCCUCUCAAAGUUUGGAUACUUGUAACUUUUUGUUUUUGGUUGCGAUUGUUCAAGAAUCAUGGAUUUAUUAUUAUUAUUAUUAUAUAUUUUUUUUGGUAACUCUUUGGCCGUUGUCCUUGUGUAUUCUGACAGCGAGUGCCAUGUGUCAGCCUAUGUCAAUCAAAGUGGAUGAUUGUGAAACACCAGACUUCUAAAAUAAGUGUUUUGGAAUUCAGUGGAUAAAUAAAUGCUGCUUUGGGGAUAUUAUCGCUA